AUGUCAAAUAAAUCGUCAAAGACUAAGAGUAAAGGAAGAGAUGGCAAAGACAAAACAGCUAAGAAUAAAUCGAAGAAAGGAUCGGGCGAAGAUGAAGAGGAUGAGAAGAAUAAGGGAGAUGAUGAGGAGGCAGACACUACACCAAAGGAGAGGAAAGGCAGCGAUGAGGAGUCAGAAGAGUUACACCCGCGAUGGAAUGAGUACGAAGAUGAAAGCGAAGAAGAAGAGAAGGAUAAGAAGUGA